CCAAUCAAUCUCGGGAGAGAAGAGAGAGAGAGAACGAAGAAGAUGGCGGUGGGAGAGAGCAUUGUCACUAUCUUUCUUCUCCUUAUGCUUCUUCUCGUCAUCAUCCUUGUCUUCUUCGCCUGCAAACCAUGGCGCUUCUUUUUCGCUUCCCCUUCCCUCUCCUCCAUCAAGGCUGAUGAGCUGGAGAGGCCCCUUGUUGUAGAUGACAUAAAUGUGUCACAUAGCCAGAGCUCUGAAUUGCCUCGAAAUUAUGAUCUUGAGGGUGCCUGCUAUCCAAAUGAAAGUAAUUUUCUCUCGCCUCGCACCCAUGAACUUGUUUAUAAGCAAAGGCUUCCUGCCGUUUCUCUUUCUUCUAAUGCGCCUCAUGGGGAUAGUUCAGUUUUAGAUGUAAUUUCUGAUCCUUCAGAAGAUGUUGUUGUUGGUCAAAAGCAUAGCAGAGCAAAUUUUGAAAAUGAUAGACUGCAAGACUUUGUGCAAAGAGAUAUUCUUGAUCAAAGAAGUUGCCUCACACUGGAGGUUAUCGAUGGUCCUUCUCGUGGACUUCGUUGUUCUGUACAGUCAACGAAUCCCUCUCAUCUACCACUGGCCUUAGGAAGAGUUUCUCCAAGUGAUUUGUUGAUAAAUGAUUCAGAAGUGUCAGGAAAGCAUGCUCUGAUAAAGUGGAAUUUGGAUAAAAUGAAAUGGGAGUUGGUAGAUAUGGGUAGCCUAAAUGGAACGCUUUUGAAUUCUCGGCCAAUCAACCACGCAGACUCUGGAAGCAGGCAUUGGGGUGAUCCAAUGGAUCUUGCUAAUGGAGAUAUCAUAACACUUGGAACAACAUCAAAAGUAAUUGUUGAUAUUACUACACAAAAUCAGCAGCACAUUCCCUUUGGAGUGGGUAUGGCAUCAGAUCCCAUGACGUUGCAUCGAGGUGGAAAAAAGUUGACUAUGGAAGAUGUUUGCUAUUAUCAAUGGCCUCUAACUGGACUGGAUCAGUUUGGGCUGUUUGGCAUUUAUGAUGGUCAUGGUGGAGAUGGGGCUGCCAAAUCUGCUAGCAAACUUUUUCCUGAGAUAAUUGCUGGUAUAUUAUCAAAUACAUUAAGACGAGAGAGGGUUUUAUCUCUCCGUGAUGCUUCAGAUGUUCUUCGAGAUGCAUUUUCUCAAACAGAAGCAUCCAUAAAUCACCAUUAUGAGGGAUGCACAGCAACAGUGCUCCUGGUGUGGGCUGAUGGUGAUGGAAACUUUUUUGCGCAAUGUGCAAAUGUUGGAGACUCUGCCUGUAUAAUGAGUAUUGAUGGCAAGCAAUUCAAGAUGACAGAAGAUCAUAAGAUAGCAAAUUAUUCUGAAAGACUAAGAAUUGAAGAGACGGGUGAACCAUUGAAAGAUGGGGAAACACGACUAUAUGGUAUAAAUCUUGCAAGGAUGCUUGGGGACAAAUUCCUGAAACAGCAGGAUUCACGGUUCAGUUCAGAGCCUCAUAUAAGUGAAGUCGUGCAUAUUGGCCAAUCAAGCAGGGCUUUCGCCAUUCUAGCUAGUGAUGGAUUAUGGGAUGUCAUCAGCAUGAAAAAGGCAAUUCAGCUAGUGCUUCAGAUGAGGGAGAGACACUCCAGAGAGACACAGAAUUCAGCAGAAAAGAUUGCCCAUUUCUUGUUAAGUGAGGCUAAAACACUCAGAACGAAGGAUAAUACCUCUGUAAUCUUCUUAGAUUUUGAUUCCUUCACCUGA